AUAAGCAGCAGUGCGACCCAAAGGCAGAUCCUCACGUUUCGCCUCUCGAACGACUGUUUCUAUGUGUUUGUUCAGCGGACGUUCGGACUGUGUUUAACUCGGAGUGGACAGCAGAAUCAUGACGUCUGGAGGCCCCGUGAUGAACGGCGACAUCGCUCGCUCUCCAGGCACGCUGGAGGACACUCUGAUGCAGAUGAAUAUCCUCAUCCAGGAGAACCGUGAUCUGAAAGAGGCCCUGCGUCAGACCAACCUGACCAUGAAGGAGCGUUUCGAGGGUCUGACGCUGUGGCGGGAGAAGCAGCGGGAGGAGCGGGGCUUCUUAGAGAGCAAGCUGGAGGAGGCGCGGGGCCACAUGGAGGCUCUGACCAUCCAAAACCAGGAGCUGAACAAGAAGACGGAAGGGCCGGGCGGAGCUCCAGGGGGUUCGCAGGCAGCAGCGUCCAAUCAGAGCGCAGAGAUGGAAGCCCUGCGUGCCCAUGUGGCGCGCCUUCAGGCUGAGAAGAACGACCUGGUGGCCAUGAACUCUGAGCUGCAGCUGAAGGCCGACCAGGACUCGAACGAUGACUCCUUCAUCGAGAUCAUCAAGGUGUCGGAUGAAGGCAUCGACGGUGUGCACGACGCCUGCGGUGCCAGGCGCAGCAAACGUCCCGAACUGAGCAUGACGGCGUCCCGGCUGGACAGCGAGGAGAUGACGGUCAGCCAGCUGCUGCAGUCCCUUAGGAACGAGACGCAGCAGGUGGAGCGGCUGCAGGGCGAGCUGCGGGCUUCCACUGCCAGGAUUAGAGACCUGGAGGAGAAGAAGAGUAACGUAGAUGAAUCAAUUCAGACCCUGCCGAUUACAGAACCCAAGGAGGAUUCUGUGCAGCAGGAGAAGGCGGCGUCUGAGGUAGAGAACCUGAAGUCUCAGAUGAUGACGCUGUUCAAAGAUUUGCAGCAGGCCCAGAGCAAGCUGGAUGAAGCAGAAGGCAUGAAGAAGAACCUGCAGGACAGAUGUCGGGAUGUGGAGCAGGACGUGGUGACUCUAAAGGCUCAGCUGGUGGAAAAGCAGGCCGUUCAGACGGAGAACGACCGGCUGAAGCUGCAGCUGGACAGCAUGCAGGCCCAGAGCCUGAUGGAGCAGAGGAAAGCUGGGGAGGAGAGGACCAACCUGGCCCAACUGAAGGAUGCCUACACCAAGCUGUUUGAAGACUACAAUGAGCUCAAGGAGGAGAGGAAAAAGAAAGAGUCUCAGCUGGUGCAGAAGGAGGUGGCGGAUGAUCUGCAGGUGCGACUGAACGCUGCCGAAGAAGCCCUGGCUGCUAAACAGGACAAGAUUGAUGCCAUGAAGCAGGAGAUCUUCCAGAAAGAGAAGGAAAUGGAGACAAUAUCUGUCUUCCAAGCCCAGGCGGAGGUCUACUCCUCAGACUUCUACGCUGAGCGAGCGGCGAGGGAGAAACUUCACGAGGAGAGGGAGCGACUGGCUGCUCAGCUGGAGUUUGUGAAGAAGCAGAACAACCAGCUGCAGGAAGAGAUGGACUCACUGGGCAGGCGGUCACUGAAUGAGUUGCAGAGGAGACAUGGGUCAAUCGGAGGAAGUCCACACGGAGCUGGUGCAAGUCUGGUUGGAAGAGGCACUGACUGGCAGCAUCAGGGGAACAUUCCCGAACACGCCUGUCCAAAGUGCAACGAGAUCCUUCCAGACCUGGACUCCCUGCAGAUUCACAUCAUGGACUGCAUCAACUAGACUGUCAUCAUUAUAAGCAUUCACAACAGCUACAUUAGCACUUUAAUCUGAGUCUUCCUCUGCUUUGACCUGCACCUCUUCUGUGAUCCCUGUGACGACACUCCAUAGAUCCCCGGUAAACUCAGCGAUGUUCAUUCUAGGAGGGGAACACUUUGCUUUUUGGUAGAAUUAAAGUAGAAAGUGUAUCAAGGGAUCCUACACAUGAGAAGCAAGUCUGGAAAUCAGUUGGCCAUCUCUAGUUCUUUGUAAAUUUGCCAUUUGAAUUUGAUUUGGAAUAGUUCAGAAAACGACACAUCCUCUGUAAUUUAGCCCCAUGUCAUCUGGCACAUUUUCCUAUUUGUUGCUGUAAUGACUGAAAUCUAGCUGAUAAAGAAAUUCUGUAAGGAGUAACAAGGCUGGAAUAUUAAAGCAGAAUUUUUGACAAGA